AUGAAUAUUCGUGAGUUGCAAAAGACUUUAACACGGGAAGAUGGCGCAUCUUCUAAAUCACCCGAUCAAUUUCCCGAAAGACAACCAUACAUGACUCAGUCGGAUGAUUUUCUGCCAUCAUUGUUUACGUCGACUAACAUCACCUUCAGGCGCAAUAAUUACCAGUAUCUUCCAAAAGCAGUGUCACAGAUUCAAAUUGAACCUGUUAACAGCAGCCAAAAGGUGUAUCUUAACGUAAAUUUCAAGAAACUCCCGUUUUACAGAGUGUUAACUGAAUUAGUGAGGCCGUCUGACCUUCUACCGGACAAUUCAGGGUCAGGGAGCGUCAAAAAUACCUUCCAGUUUCACUUGACACAACAGCAAGUAGAAGACAUCAGGAAUUCCCAACUCCAUCGAUUUGGAAGUUCUAAAGUAGAUUAUGUGAUUCAGGUUCAAAUGCGGUUUUGUUUGAAAGAAGAAAUAUUUGAACAGGAAGAUUGCAUCCCUUCUGGAGUUACCGCUAAGAUUAAUAACCAGAAGUGUCAUAUUCCGUUUCACUCAAAACCGCUCCCAGGAGAUUUGAAGAAAAAGAAAGUCCUGAUGAAGCCAAUCGACAUAACUUCGUUGGUAAAAUUGACGUCUGUUGAAAGGAAUGAAGUUUCAAUCAUUUGUCCGCCGGACUUUGGGAAGAAAUACGUUAUUGGUGUCUUCCUUGUAAGAAAAUUGACCAGCUAUGAAUUGGCUAAUGGAAUGAGAAUAAAAAAUGUCCAGGAUCCUGAAUUUACAAGAGAAAAAAUCAUCGAAAAGUUAAAUGAAGAUGCUCAUUCUGAAGUUGCAACUACUUCUUUGUGCGUGUCAUUGGCGUGUCCUCUGGGAAAGAUGAGGAUGAUCACACCCGGAAGGGCCUUUUCUUGCACACAUUUGCAGUGUUUUGACGUAAGAUCUUACUUGCAAAUGAACGAGUUUAGGCCGACAUGGAUUUGUCCGGUUUGUAAUAAACCUGCGCCCUUUGAUUCUCUUGUUGUUGAUGGGUAUUUCAAAGAAGUUUUGGCUUCUGAUAAGUUAGUAGAAGAUGAAAAUGAAGUUCAAUUGCUGCCAGAUGGAUCUUGGAAGGUUUUGAUAACGAGUGAUCGAGAUCAAAAUAAAAAGGGUACGUCGGGAGAAGUAAAAAUUGAGGAAACUGAUGGUUCAGUUGGAAUUUCAGAAGAAGUCGAUGUUAAAAAAGAACAGAUUGUUGAUUUGAUUUCCAGUGGUGAAGAAGAAGAAGAGAUUAACGUUUUGCCUUUUAAAAAAAGGAAGCUAGGUUAUUUUGAAAAUGAGGUUAUUGUUGUGGAUUUAAAUUGA